AUGAUCAUGAAGUUGUUUCUUUUUCUUGCUUUCUACACUCUCAUUUUACUCGAAAAUUUGGUAGUGGGUUUCUCUGAUGAAGCGUCCAAGUUCGAUGGUAAUGCUGAUAGAAAAGCAUUACUCGCGUUGAAGUCUCAAAUUUACGAAACCGAAAGACUAGCCUUGGCAUCGUGGAAUGAAUCUAUUCCGUUCUGCAAAUGGAAAGGUGUUACCUGUGGCCGCAAACACAAAAGAGUUACUCGUUUAAACCUCAGAGGAUUGAAACUUGGUGGGAUCAUCUCACCUUCUAUUGGUAAUCUUUCUUUUCUCAGAUCACUUAAUCUUGGAGAAAACUCUUUUGGUGGUACCAUACCAAAAGAGGUGGGAAUGUUGUUUAGGCUUCAACGGUUGAAUAUGAGCUAUAAUAAUUUUCAAGGAGUUAUUCCAACUAGCCUCUGUAACUGCUCUAGAUUGGUGACACUAAGUUUAAUGUCAAACCGUCUUGUACACGGUUUGCCUUUAGAGCUAGGAUCGUUAUCUAACCUUGAAAUGUUGAUUCUUUCGAAGAACAAUAUUUCAGGGAAGCUUCCCACAUCUUUAGGAAACCUAACAUCACUCAGUCAACUUGCCAUUGCAUAUAAUCAUAUGGAUGGAGAAGUUCCAAAUACAAUAGGUAGAUUGACAAAGUUGAUACAUUUCCAAAUCUCAGUAAACAAUUUCUCAGGUGUUUUCCCACCAGUAGUAUACAACUUGUCCUCACUUAGGUCUUUAUCCGUUGCUCGCAAUCUUUUCUCGGGUAAUCUUAGGCCUGGUUUUGGAAAUAUGCUUACAAAAAUUGAGGAGCUGUGUUUAGGGGGGAAUUUUUUUUCAGGAGAUCUUCCCAAAACAAUAUCCAAUAUCUCAACCCUCACGCGCCUAUCUGUUUCACAAAAUCAUUUCACUGGAAAUAUUCCAAUUACUUUUGGAGCAUUACACAAUAUUCAAUACCUAGGGCUUGAUAAUAAUUCUUUUGGAAACAACUUAGUGGGAGAUCUUGACUUUCUUAGUGCUUUGGUAAACUGCACUCAUCUCCAAAUGUUGGAUGUUGGUUACAAUAGACUUGGAGGAGAAUUACCAAUCUAUGUAGCUAAUCUUUCCAAGGCGCUGACCCGGUUAUACUUUGGAGGAAAUCUUAUUGCUGGAAGCAUUCCUCAUGACAUCGGGAAUCUCAAAAACCUCGAGUCACUUGGCCUGGAAACCAAUCUGUUGACAGGACGAAUACCAACCUCUCUUGGGAAGUUUUCCGGGUUGAUACAACUGUUCCUGAACUCAAAUAGAAUGACAGGAGAAAUACCAGCAGAUCUCGGAAACAUCACUAGCUUAGAGGCUCUCUAUUUGUUUAACAAUAGUUUUGAAGGAAGCAUUCCUCCGAAUCUUGGGAACUGUCGAUUUCUCUCAGACCUUCGUAUAGGUAACAAUAGGUUAAACGGUAGUAUACCUCAAGAAAUCAUGCAAAUUGAGUCUCUUGUGAACUUGCAUGUGUUAGAAAAUUUGUUGACCGGUCCUUUUCCCAAAGAUGUUGGAAGAUUAAAAAACCUUGUUGUGCUAUCUGCUGCAAACAACAUGUUUUCCGGACACAUUCCAGAGACAUUAGGGAAAUGUCUUGCCCUGGAAGAGAUUUACUUGGAAGGAAAUGCAUUUGAUGGAGCUAUUCCAGAUAUUAGAAACUUGAAGGCUCUUACAUACUUUAUCUUAUCAGACAACAGUUUGUCGGGCGGCAUACCGGAAUAUCUUGCCAAUUUUUCCUCGUUAGAGAGUUUGGAUCUCUCUGGUAACGACUUUGAGGGAAUGGUUCCAACGAAAGGAAUAUUUCAAACUCCGGAAAAGUUUUCAGUUUCUGGUAAUGGAAAGCUUUGUGGAGGCAUCCCAGAACUAAAACUAAGAUCAUGCCCUCAAAACGUGACAUCAUGGGCAAGAAGACAUUCAUCAAACAAGAAGAAAAUUUUCAUCGGUGUUGGUAUUGGUGUAGCUUCUCUUCUGUUGUUACUACUGGCUCUGAGUUUUCUUGUGAAAAGGAAGAAGAGAAACGGUGCAGAAAACACCAACAAUUUCUUGUCAAAUACUUCAUUAGACCCUUUCCACGAAAGGGUAAGUUUUGAGGAGCUUCGUGCUGCGACUCAUGACUUCUCUUCAAGCAAUCUGAUUGGUUCAGGAAAUUUUGGCUCUGUUUUUAGAGGGUUGCUUGGUCCCGAGUCUAAAGCUGUUGCGGUUAAAGUUCUAAAUCUCCAAACGCGUGGCGCAGCCAAGAGCUUUAUGACGGAGUGUGAAGCCUUGAAAGGUAUAAGGCAUCGAAACCUAGUGAAACUUGUGACUUGUUGCUCAAGCAUUGAUUUCAAAGGAAAUGAAUUCAAAGCUCUUGUGUACGAGUUUAUGCCGAACGGAAACCUAGACACGUGGCUGCACCGAGAGGAAGCCAAAGUCUCGGUAAGUCAUUCAAGACCAUUGAAGCUAAGUGAACGACUUAACAUAGCCAUAGACGUGGCUUCCGUUUUGGAUUACAUCCAUUCCAAUUGUCAUGACCCUGUAGCUCAUUGUGAUAUAAAGCCAAGCAAUGUUCUUUUAGACGAUGAUCUAACAGCACAUGUGAGUGACUUUGGUCUUGCUCGGAUCAUUGACCAAGAAUCCUUCAUCAACCAAGUUAGCUCCACGGGUGUUAGAGGAACCAUCGGCUAUGCUGCACCAGAAUAUGGAAUGGGAGGCAAACCAUCGAGAGAAGGGGAUUUUUACAGCUUUGGUGUUCUUUUGUUGGAGAUGUUCACUGGAAAGCGUCCCACUGAUGAAGUAUUUGUGGAAGAAUCUACUCUCCGUAGCUACACCGAGUCGGGGUUGCAAGAACAUGUUCUUGAUAUAGCUGACAUAUCGAUUCUCCAAGGCGAAGUUGGCAACAAAAACAUGAGCACUAUUGCUGAGUGUUUGAAGUUGGUGUUUCACGUGGGAAUAAGGUGUUGUGAAGAAUCUCCCACAAAUCGGAUGACGAUGGCUCAAGCUUUAGCUGAAUUAGUCUCAAUCAGAAAGAGAUUCUUUAGUAGCCAGAGGACGAGAUUGUAG